GUGUUUACAAUAUGGUUAUAUCAAAAAAUUGCCUGAAGGUACCUAAUAACGAAUAUUUUAUUGUGUAUUUCAGUUUUAAAUAGAACGAGCAAUUACUACGACUUUGUGUGAUUUCCUGAAAAAUAGUGACCCUUGAUAUGAUUUAGUUUUAAUCAUCCAAGAAUGUCUAAUGAGAGUGUCAGUGUCUUGAGUGAAACUAUGAUCAAGAUAGUCAGUGGUGGUGUGAUUUCUUCCGCAGUUGUAUUUUUGUGCAUAAGAUACAGAGGUAAAAUGGCAUCACUUUUAACAUGGAUACUAGGACCUUUCCAGAAACAGGAGAGUAUAACCAAAAAAAGUGGCGAAGACGUCACCAAUAACCCUGUAUCGAAGAAACAAUCGACGACAAAUAGUUCUAAUAAAAAUAAGUUGCAACAGAAAGGGGUCAAAGUUCGCCAGAGAUUUAAAAAAUCUAAUGAGGAUCCGACGUUUAACACCAGUCUGAAAACGCCUAUCGAAGAUAUCAUCGAGGAAACAAUUAAUGAAAGUAACGGCGCGAAUAGUGAUAAAGAAGAGAUUGUGAAGAAAAGAGAAAAAAUCGUCAAGAAUCCUGCUAGAGGUGAACAAUCGUCAUCGAAAACAGCCGACAGUCCCGUAGACGAUAUCGGUUAUUCCUUUUUCAAUCUAAAAACAGUUCGUGGAGUUGUCGCCGAUAAGCCAGACAAACGACCUUCGAAAGUCGACUCAAACCACGAACGUACGCCUUCGGACGAUAUAGGCUUUUCGUUUCUACCGGUCAAAGAGAAGGGAAAGAAAUACAAACACAAAAGAGGCGUCGAAACCAAAGAAUUAACUUUAAACGCGGUUGUAGAGCAGACUGUGAGAAAACAGAAAACGGAUAUAUCAAAACCUGCGAUAAUCGAUCAUUAUCAAAACCAAAAGCGAGGUCAAAAAACACAAAUAGAGGUACAAGAACGUGUAGAUAAAAAUAACGAUUGUUUUGAAAACCAAAAUAAAUCCGAAUAUAAAGAGAGUAAAAAAGUAUCACCGACUAUAUCAUAUGCUAGUGUAGUUGUGAAUGCUGUAGACGAAAUAAAUACCAAUCAAAUCGAAGAAUCAAAAUCGGAAUCCGAUAUCAACGUAAAUCAAAGUAAUUUUAAUCGAUUGUCGCGCUCUUCAGCCGAUUCAAAUUCGAGUUCUAUAGAAGUACUGAACCAAAACAAUCUAGAGACUGAAAAUUUUGAGCAAUCUUCAAAUUUUGAAUUUGUUGAAAACAUACCAGGCGAUUUUGAAAAUAUCGAGAGUUUGCAAGCGAACAAAGAUUCUACUAAUUAUCCAUUAAUUGAUGUAAGAUUUGGUCAAGAAUCCGUUGAUACUGCAUCUCAGGAAAGUAUUGGAAAUAAUCUAAUAGAAGAAAGCACCGAUUCAACUUGUUUCGUUAGUUUCAAAAACACUGAAGAUCCCAAUAUUCACAAUUUGAAUAAGUUCGAUAAAAGUAAUACGUCUGUAGAUAACUAUUUGAAUGAAAAUCGUCUAAAUUCGUUAAAAAAUUCGGAAAAUUCUACAGAAUACUUGGAAUCAAUCACUGAUGAUCCCGUUUUAAAAUCUGAAUCAACUAUUUUAGAAGAGCAAAAACCAUUUCGUCAGAUAGAAAACAUCGUUAAAGUUGAAGAUAAUAAAGAACUAGCUACAACGCACGGCGCAAAUUUUCGUGUCAUAGACGACGAUACAUUUAUAACGAACUCCGAACUACCAUCUGAAUUAACUAAUAUAGAACCUACGUUCGUUUUUAAUCAAGAACAAAAUAUCAUAAAUACAGAAAAGUUUGAUACAACAGAUUCGUUACGUCGAAAUGAUUUAACAGAAGAAGAAUUUAUACCGGAGAUUAUUAGUGAAACACAAGAACUUUUACCGUCAAUUUCAGGAUCUCGAGACGAAAAUUUUGUGAACCAAAUUGAGGAAUCUUCUCAAAAAACUUCGAUUCUUCCAGAAAACCACACGACUAACAUGAGUAUCGAUAAAAUGCAACAAAUCAGAGUUUUGACUCUCAAUAAUCACGAACACCAAGAAAGCACUUUAUACAGAAUCGAAAAGAACUGGGCGAUUCAAUUUAGAAUAGGACCAUCGUUGUUCGGUAGAAAAAUCUUUUUGUAUUGCAAUUAUCCCACGAAAACGAACAACAAACUGAAUGCGUUCGAUCGGAGUCGGUAUCAGUUGUUGGAUUGGGUGACUGAGGAAGGUUGCGAAAAUGCCGACGAUACCGCCGUUUACACUCAGAUCAAGGCUGAAAACGCGGGCAGUUUUCAUUAUUAUUUCACCUAUGAAAAAGGAGAAAAUUUCGAAAGACAAGGCUCCGGUUACUUUCUCGUCGAUCCUAUUCUCAAAUAUGGCAACAACGAAGACCUGCCACUAGAUUGUAUACAAUGCCAGACAGUUCUGGCGAAGAGUUUGGGUUCGUUUUCUACGUGGGAGAAGAAAUUAGAGGUUUCCAAACAAUCCGGAUACAACCUGGUUCAUUUUACGCCUAUUCAGGAAUUGGGCGAAUCAAAUUCUUCUUACAGCCUGAGCGAACAGCUGAAAUUGAAUCCGGUUUUUAAAAAGAGCGACGGAUCUAUGCCAACCAUCCAAGAAGUGGAACAGUUCAUAUCGAAGAUGAGAACCGAAUGGAAGGUUAGUUCCAUUUGCGAUAUAGUCCUCAACCAUACGGCUAACGAGAGUAAAUGGCUUGUAGAACAUCCGGAAGUUACGUACAAUUGCGUGAACUGCCCGUACAUGAGACCAGCGUACUUGCUCGAUGCCGCUUUAGAUUUCUUCUCGACCGAAGUGAAAAAGGGCGCUUUCGAAGAUAGGGGAAUUCCCCCCGAAGUCAAUAACGAGGAUCACUUGAACGCUAUCCGGUACCAUUUCCGAGCCAGCAUCUUGGAUCCGCUCAAAAUCUACGAACUGUUUACUUGCGAUACAAACAAAUAUGUAGCGGAAUUUCUUAGUUUGGCACGUACUGUAACCCCAAUAAGUCCCAAUUCCCGACCGGACUCCGAAGAACUUGAACUCAUUCAAGAUCCGGAAUUUAAAAGAUCGUCAUCGACCGUAGAUAUGAAACUGGCAUUGAAAUUGUACAACGUUUACUGGACGGAUACAUUCGAUGAGGAUUCCAGACUAAAGAAAUGUUCGGAACAAUUCAAGAACAAACUGGACGCGCUCAAUAACGCCGCAAUCGAAGAAGUUAACGGUCAUUUGAGCGCUGCUAUCGAGAAUGUCAUAGCCGGUAUUAGAUAUUUCAGGGUCCAAGACGACGGUCCUAAAUUUACAGAUAUAACCAUAAAAACUCCGUUAGUUUAUCGUUAUUUCACCGAUCACGGUACACCGAUGUCCCUAAAGGAUUACGAAGACACGAUGUAUAGCGAUAAGGGUAGAUUUUUGAUGGCGCAUAACGGUUGGGUGAUGAGUUCGGACCCGUUGAAAAAUUUCGCAGCUCCAGAUACCAAGGUGUAUUUAAGAAGAGAACUAAUCGCCUGGGGCGACAGCGUGAAACUCCGAUACGGAGACAAGCCCGAAGAUUGUCCCUAUCUUUGGGAUCACAUGAGAAAGUACGUCGAGCAAACGGCUAAAAUCUUCGACGGCGUUAGAUUGGACAAUUGCCAUUCGACGCCGAUACCGGUCGCGGAAUAUUUAUUAGAUUGCGCUAGAAGAGUCAGGCCUGAUCUCUACGUCGUAGCCGAACUGUUUACCAACUCCGAUAUGACCGAUAAUAUUUUCGUUAAUAGGUUAGGCAUUACAUCACUGAUACGCGAGGCGCUAAACGCGUGGGAUUCCCACGAACAGGGCCGUUUGGUUCACCGCUUCGGCGGAUCUCCUGUCGGGUCGUUUUACCAACCCAAUAUACGUCCGUUGGUACCGUCGAUAGCGCACGCUUUGUUCCUCGAUCAAACCCACGACAAUCCCAGUCCGGUGGAGAAGAGAUCAGUCUACGAUCUGUUGCCCAGUACCGCUUUGGUAAACAUGGCGUAUUGCGCCAGCGGGUCGAACAGAGGGUACGACGAGUUGGUACCGCAUCACAUUCACGUCGUCGACGAAGAUAGAGAGUACGCGGAGUGGGCGGAAGACGACAGUUUAUCCUUGGGAAACGCCAGAUACGUUACGAACAAAUCUGGUAUAAUCGGCGCUAAGAAGGCGUUGAACGAGUUGCAUUUUCGCUUGGGGAAAGAAGGAUUUAGUCAGGUUUAUGUGGAUCAAAUGGAUCCAGAUAUAGUAGCUGUUACGAGACAUUGUCCGAUAACUCAUCGAAGUUACAUUCUGGUGGCGUUCACGGCGUUCAAUCACCCGAACGAAGAUGCUGGAGACCAUCAACGCAACAUUAAACCGUUACGUUUCGAGGGAGUAUUGGAGGAGAUCGUAUUAGAAGCUUCUUUGAACCAUUUAAAUCACUACAAUGGCGGCUCAAAAUUCAUUAAAUCGCACAAGUUCAAAAAGGAUUCGAAAUGGAUAAAUGGUCUUUCAGAAUAUCAAGUUGGCGUCAAGGAACACAUUCAAGUAUCCGAUUCCGAUAUUUUCGAAAAAGUCGAUUCGGGAACCGAGAACGUGACUCAACUCAAUUUUAAAAAUUUCAAACCCGGAUCCAUCGUAGUAGUACGUUCUUCUUUGCCCGAAAAUAUGAGCGUGGCUAUAAAAACGGUGAGGAAUCUUAUUAGUAAUAUAUCGAUCAGCAAACCCAACGAAUUGUCGAAAAUCGUCAAUAAAAUGACGUUGGCGGACUUGAACAGAGCUUUGUACAGGUGCGAUCAAGAGGAACGAGACGAAGGUUUCGGUUUUGACACUUACAACAUUCCGAAUUUCGGACCAAUGGUGUAUGCUGGAUUUCAAGGAGUAAUGUCAUUAUUAGCCAAUAUCAGACCCAAUAAUGAUCUUGGACAUCCGAUGUGUGCAAAUUUAAGAGACGGUAAUUGGAUGAUAGAUUAUAUUUGGAAAAGAUUGAAACUAGAUCCCGGCACCAAAGAAGUCGGCGAAUGGAUCGAAGAAAACACCAAAAGUUUUUCGAAUAUCCCUCGAUAUUUAGUACCUUGCUACUUUGACAUGUUAGCGACAGGUGUUUAUAUCGUUCUCAUCGAAAGGUCUCAUAAUUUGAUGUCCAAUUUCGUCAAAUGCGGUUCUACUUUUGUAAGAGGUCUUGCCUUGGGAUCAGUACAAUUCGCUGCUUACAUUAAAUCCGCCGAUCUACCAACGUUAUCGCCGAAUUUAGCACCUCCAAAGCCGCCGACAAGAAAAAAUAACAAUAACGAAACUGUUCAAGCAUGUGUAACGUUAUCAGCCGAAUACGCGAGCGAAGCCCCGGACGGUAUUAAAAUUCUCUCCGAUAAAGUAUCGAGGAUAUUUCCAACGGACGAAUCUGAAAAUCAACCUGCUGGUGCCGUAGAUCAACCAUUGCAAGAGGUGAUACAAGAAGCAUUGAAAAUUCACUUCCAAGGUUUGGCUUUUAGAGAGAGGAACGCCGGUCGACAGAUCGACGAACACAUGACCGACCAAGGUUUCAAUAAUCAGAUAGGUGUACAUCCAGAAACAGGUUUCGUGUUCGGCGGCAAUAAGUGGAACUGCGGCACGUGGAUGGAUAAAAUGGGAUCGUCUGAUAAAGCUGGUAACCGCGGAAAACCGGCAACGCCGCGAGACGGCUCGGCCAUCGAAUUGAUAGGUCUGUCGAAAUCGGUGAUUUCCUGGUUGGCCAAACUCAACGAUGAGAAUAAAUAUCCUUACAAAGGCGUCGAAAGAGUGCAUAAGAGUGGUACAAUAACAUCUUGGACCUUCAAGGAAUGGGCUCAAAAGAUCCAAGUCAAUUUCGAAAAGUACUUUUGGGUCAAUUCCGUCCCAACAGAAGGUGAAAUUCGUCCUGAUUUAGUAAACAAACGAGGUAUUUACAAGGAUUCCUACGGAUCCACAAACGAAUACACCGAUUUCCAAUUGAGAUGCAACUUCCCCAUCGCCAUGGUCGCCGCACCCGAACUGUUCACUCCGAAGCACGCUUGGGAAGCGUUAAACGUAGCGGAAAAGCAUCUAUUAGGACCUCUCGGCAUGAAAACGUUAGAUCCCGAAGAUUGGGCUUAUAGAGGAGAUUAUGAUAAUUCUAACCAAUCGGAUGAUGCUUCAGUGGCUCAUGGGUUCAACUAUCAUCAAGGACCUGAAUGGGUGUGGCCCGUCGGCUUCUUCCUGCGAGCCAAACUGAUGUUCGCGGCGCAAAACGGGGCCCUGAAAGAAACGUUGGCGAGCACGAAAGUCGCGCUGUCGAAACAUUUCGUCGAAUUGCAAACGUCCGAUUGGCGCGGUCUUCCCGAAUUGACGAACAGCGACGGCGCGUACUGCAGGGAUAGUUCUAGGACGCAAGCGUGGAGCAUGUCUUGCAUGCUCGAAGUCCUGUACGACUUGCAAAAUAUCGAGGCCAAUUUGGAUUUAUCUGCACAACGAAAUCAUUCAAUAUCAUACAAUAACGAACAUUUUAGCAACUAUGUUCCUAUAUUCGAUUAUUUACUAUCUAAUACCAUUGAAAAAUCUUUUGAUAAUUAUAUAACUCGUAUCUCAUUGGGUUGUAAAAAGAAAAAACGGAAUAUUCGGAAUUUAGACGAAAUUCAGUUGAUCGGCGAGGAAUUUUGUCGAAAUGCCGAAACCGAUUCGAUACAAGAAGCCGAUAAUCUAAUUGAAACGCGUUACGAGAGGAACGAACUACUUCUGGAUCCUCUGUCGUUGGAAUUGAACCAAAGACGAGCGCAACAAUUUAAAAUCAGCCAGUCGGAGCAUAAAAAGAUCAACUUGACAAAAAUCGAUUUGUCAGACCUAGAAGUUGAAAAAAAUAGAUUAUUCCGAUUUAAAACUCAAAAAACUGGAUUUUUUUCUGUCAUGGAACUCGAAAAAAUAGGUUGUUCCGACUUAGAACUCAUAAAAAUCGAUUUGUUGAACCUAGAACUUGAAAAAAUUGUUUUUUCCGAUUUAAAACUAGGAAAACCAGAUUUUUGGUUUACAACUCGAAAAAAAUAG